AUGAAGACUCAAAAUAUAAACCGAUCUCUGGAGAUGAAAGAUGAUGUUGACUUCUCUCGCACCGCAAAAAUGAAGAUUGCAGUUGUUGGUGCAGGUAUCAUGGGAAUGUCAGCAGCUUAUUUCAUCAAAGAAGAAUUUCCUCACUUUGAUGUUAGUGUUUACGCUGAAAAAAUGGCCCCUCGCACAACAAGUGAUGGCUCUGCAGGAAUAUGUGUUGGUGCUCCUAUUGAAAACAAUCCAAGAGAAAAGGUAAACAAAUGGGUGAAGGCUACUGUGGAUUAUGCGCAUAAUCUUUUAAGAAAAAGCGAAAACGCACACAAAAUGGGACUCUCAAUUGUCCAUGGUUACUAUCUUAGUAGCAAAGGAGAGCUGGAAAUAUCCACUUGGAGAGAUUGUGUACUUAAUCACCGUAAGCUGGAAGAAUUUGAACUUCUUCAGUUUCCAGAUGAAAUUAAAAGUGGAUAUCUUUUGACUACUGUGAUUAUAGAAUGUAGGAAAUACAUUCCGUGGAUCGCCGAAUUGUUUAAGCAAAAAGGUGGCAAAUUAAUAGAGAAGAAGAUAGAAUGUUUGGACGAUUUACAAGCCUAUGAUAUGAUUAUCAAUUGUUCAGGAUUAGGUGCAAGAUAUCUUGUCAAUGAUCAAAGUGUUAAACCAGUGAGAGGUCAUCUGAUCCGAAUGAAGGCUCCUUGGGUGAAAAGCUUUAUAAGACAUGUCGACAACGAUGAUAAAGGAAGAUCCAAACAUGUCCUAGUUAACCAGGACACCGUGGUACUCGGGGGUUUGAAAGAAAAAGACUGCAUAGAGCCAAAACCACGAGUAGAAGAUAGAGAAUGGAUAAUUUCAGAAGCGCAACGAUUUGUACCGAGUCUCAAGAAUGCUGAAAUGGUUAGCGAAUGGGUGGGUUUCCGUCCAUCCAGACCCACUGUUAGAUUGGAAAAAGAAAUUUGGAAGUUCAAAACACCUCUAGGAGGAGUAAAAUCGGUUCCUGUGAUACAUAACUACGGUCAUUCAGCUCAUGGAGUGAUUUUUAUGCUGCUGAUUGUACUACGCAAGAUCUUUAAUCGUCAGAGCAAAAGCCUUACAAUAACUGAUUUCCGCCGACCGUUACGCGAGGCGGAAUCUUUAAAAUAG